AUGUUUGGUCCUGUGAACCAGAAACCCAUGACGCAUAAAAAUGGCGGGACAAAGCAAGGACAACAACCCAAUAUCGUGUUCAUUCUUACAGAUGAUCAAGAUCUUCAUAUGAACUCUCUUGACUAUAUGCCGUUUGUGCAGAAACAUCUAAUCGACCAGGGAACAUUGUUUAAGCGGCAUUUCUGCACGACUGCUCUCUGUUGUCCUUCCCGUGUAACCCUAUGGACUGGCAAAGCGGCUCACAACACCAACGUGACCAACGUGACUCCUCCUUACGGGGGGUAUCCAAAAUUUGUUAGUCAGGGACUUAACGAAAAGUAUCUCCCAGUCUGGCUACAAGAGUCUGGGUAUAAUACAUAUUACACGGGGAAGUUAUUCAAUGCUCACUCAGUUGAUAACUACGACUCACCUUAUGCUGCUGGUUGGACCUCAUCUGACUUCCUCCUUGACCCAUUCACCUAUUCAUAUUUGAACAGUACAUACCAACGAAAUCAGGACCCUCCAGUGAGCUUCGAGGGACAUCAUAGUGUUGACGUGCUAGCGGGAAAGGCGUUAGGAUUGUUGGAUGAAGCGCAUGAAGCCGGAAAGCCAUUCUUCCUUGGAGUUGCCCCUGUCUCACCACAUGCGAACCUAUGGUCGCCGGCAUUCAAGGACGGUAAUCAUAGCGACUUGGAAGAUAUCGAUUUCUCGGCGCCAGUACCAGCAGAGAGACACGCCAACCUUUUCGAAGGUGUCAAGGUCCCGCGCACAGCAAAUUUCAACCCAGACAAACCAUCAGGCGCAAGUUGGAUCCGGAAGCUGUCGAAGCAGAGUCAGGAUACGGUUGAUUAUAAUGACCACUUCUACGUGCAGCGACUUCGAGCUCUCCAGAGCGUUGAUGAAAUUGUGGACUCCAUUAUUGGACGCCUGACUGAUUUUGGGCUUCUGGAUAAUACGUAUAUCAUCUACACUACGGAUAAUGGCUAUCACAUUGGCCAGCAUCGGAUGCAACCCGCGAAACAAUGUAGCUUUGAGGAGGAUAUCAACAUCCCGCUCAUCGUCAGAGGACCGGGUGUCCCUAAGGGAUCAAUUAGCGAUAUCGUGACUACUCACACUGAUAUAGCGCCCACCUUACUACAACUAGUAGGGGCUCCCCUAAGGGAAGACUUUGACGGACUUUCGAUACCACUCACGGAAGAUGGGUUAUCGCAGGCUAAGAAAACACGUCACGAACAUGUGACGGUAGAACAUUGGGGAUUUGCAUCCAACGAGGGUCAGGUACUCGACUCCUAUCCAAGACUACACACAAAUAAUACCUACAAAGCUCUUCGCGUCAUCAGCAAAAUGUACAACCUUCACUAUCAAGUAUGGUGUAACGGGGAUCACGAAUUGCAUGACCUAACGACGGAUCCUGGGCAAAUGGUUAAUCUCUUGCACCCAGACGAGAUAGCCCCAAGCACGAUUGCCGGGGCGCCCCUUGAUAAGGUUGUCGCCAGGUUGGACUCUCUACUUUUUGUUUUGAAGUCAUGUAAAGCAGAGACUUGCAUCCAUCCUUGGAAAGAGCUACACCCAGCUGGGAACGUCGCUAGUCUACGAGAUGCGCUUUCCCCACGAUUCGAUACUUUCUACGAUAACGAGUCGAGGAAAAUUGAGUUUGAUAGGUGCGAGAUGGGGUUUAUCCUUGAUGCGGAAGGACCACAAUUCAGGCGCGAUGAACUUUUCUCAAUUUUCGAUCCUAAAUGGCAUGAAUGGACAUAG